AUGAGUACAAAUACAGGAUUACCUCCAAACUGGACAAUCAAGGUCUCCAAGACUCACAAUAAAGAGUACUUUUUCAACCAGUCUACGAAGGAGUCAUCUUGGGAACCACCAUAUGGCACCGAUACCGAGGUGCUUACAUCGUAUAUUCAAAAGUUUAAAAACAAUGGGUUCAAGCCAGUCACCAACGAUGAUGGCAAAGUAAGAGCUAGUCACAUACUCGUAAAAAACGCAACCUCUAGAAAACCGAAAUCUUGGAAAUCUCCAGAGGGGAUACUGAUAUCGAGAGAUGAAGCUAUCAGCAUUGCCAAAAAGCAUUUGGCUCAAAUACUCAGUGGCGAAGCAAAAUUUGCCGACGUGGCUCAAGCCGAAAGCGAUUGUAGUUCACAUGCUAGAGGUGGUGAUUUGGGAUUUUUUGGGAAAAGAGAAAUGCAGCCAGCAUUCGAGAGCACCGUGUACUCAAUGCACGUUGGAGAGAUUAGUGAUGUUAUAGAAACCGAUAGUGGUAUUCAUUUAGUUCAGAGAACAGGUUGA